AUGGAAGAUAUUAUUCUAACACUUGAACCAGUAUUUCAUCGUGUUGAAAAAUUUUUAUUAUGGCAUAAUCGAUAUGCAAGUUUAUUUGCAUUUAUUUUUGGUCAUGGUAUUUUUUAUGCUAUAGCACGUGCUGGUUUAAGACCAUUUUGUGCUAUUACAUUAGUUUUAUUCAUAAUUCAUAUACUUGAUUGUAUUAGAAAAAAACGUUUAAAUGAUGAAGAAAAAAAUUUAUCAGAAUUAACAAAACUUAUUUUACGUUUAUAUCAAUAUAUAUGUCAUACACAUGAAAAAUUAAAUAUAAUUAAAACAGAAAAUCGUGCAAAAUAUUCAAUAAUUAUUAUUAUUAUUAGUCUUAUACUUGCUUAUAUUGGAAUGAAAAUAAAUGGAUAUUAUAUAUCAUAUGUAGUUAUGUUGAUACUUUUUACAUUACCAGCUAUUGUUUAUCAUAAAUUAAUAUCAAAAUUAUUGAAACGUUUAGCUCCUAUACUUGAACAAUUGGAUGAAUCGAUGGAAUAUAAACGACGUACGUUAAUUGAUCGUAAAGAUUUAUUAGUUAAAAUAAAAACUCCAGGUUUAAAUGAAAAUGAUGAUGACGAUGAUGAUGAUGAAGAUUUUCGAAAACUUAAACAAAAACAACAAAUUCAAACGAAAGAUCAUUUAUCAAUCAUAAAUGAUGAUAAUGAUGACGAUGACGAUGAUGAUGAUGAUGAUGAUGAUAAUAAUAAUAAUGAUAAUGAUGAUGAAAGUAGUGAACAAAAUCUCAUCUCAACAAGUAAUGAAUACGAAACAUCAUAUACUUCUCAAUUAUCAAAACAAACAAAUCCAAGUGCUUCAAAUUUUGAUAUAUUGAAUGAUUCAUCAUCAUCAAUAGCUGAUGAUGAAACAAGUCGUAUAAAUGAAUUAUAUGCUAAUGUUGGUGAUAAAAUUGAUGGUAAACAACGUAUUAAAAUCAAAGAUAAUGAAAUAAAAAUCAAAGGAUAUUCAAAUAAACAACGAUCAAGAAUGCCAGAUGCAAAUUUCUUUCGAUCAAAUAAUAUAAAUAUAAAAAAUGCUAGUGGUGAACCAGAUCUUACUGGUUUUGAUUUUCUCAAUGACUAUGAUGAAUAA